UAAGGAUUUAUAUAAUUGAGAGGAAUAUGUAGCACAUAAAAGGCGGCAUAAAUAUUACCGAAAUCACGCUUGGCAUUUUACAAGAAAUUUAACGAAAACAUCGCGUCGGCCAUUUUGGUUUUAUGCUUGACGAAUUUUUAAUUUUCGUUCAGUUGUUUGUGGUAUAGUAUAUUUGUUUCUUUCGCGCACAUGUGUUUAACGCAUAACUAUAUUUCGGUGGUGUAGAAAAAUCGAACGAACGCGAACCAUUUGGUCAUUCGUUAAAUUGAACAAUAGUCGUACGGAACUUCUAGGCAUUUGGAAUAUUUUUCUGUUCGCAACGGCAAUUUUUGUACAGUGUUGCUUUUUUGUGACUGCAGUGGUGUGUUCAUGAAGCAGUAGCAGUUAAAUAAUAAAAUCACAAAGUUGUAUGCUUAGGCAAUUUGGCGACGAUAAAAUCCUUAUUUUGUAUAAAUUGUGAAAUCCUGCUUUGACGUCGUUUUAACGCGUCGCUGUAGUUAUUAUUUUACGUGAUCCUUCAUCAAAAAAUGAAUAAUCAGAUGAAUAACGCGGUGCGCAAAAUUCAUAAUUUGCAUUCAAGCGGCGCGGUAACUGUUACCGGUCUCAGCCAGCCUCGCAUAUUAAAACAGAAAGUGGGUUCCGGUAUUGUGACGUCCAGUAAUACACAUAAUCAGCAACAGAGCCAUGUUAAUAGCACAAAUCGUUGCUAUGUCUGCGAUGAUGCUUUGAGUGCCAGUCAGCAACAAAAUCUACUUACCGAAACGCAGACAUCGCAUACGGCGACUAAAUUCCCAAAUAAAAUUGGUCAACUUGUGGGUGAUGCUUUUAUGGUUAUCGUAAGCGUAGAUGAUGUGGUUUGCGCGCGUUGUACAAACCUGCUAAACUAUUUGGAUAGGUUGGAGAAUGAUGUGGAGCGUGUUCGAACCAACUUAAUGAAUCUACUUCAUAAGAAGUAUGGUUUGAAUGAUGACAGUGGUGGGGGUGGAGCAUCUCCACCAAUAAAAAUGCAAAAAUUGAACAGUGGUGGAGUUACACGUACAGCAGAGGAAACUAGCAAUGAAUUGGGUCGGGUACGUAAAGUACUGCACACAGCGAGUGGAGAUUCAAAUAUUGGAAAACAAUCACCACCAGUUGUCAGCGCAGUUCAGCAAAUGAAAAUAUCAACGCAAAGCACAACACAAAACACUUCAGUAGGAGGCACGCAAACAAUCCAACGCAAGACAACUAGAAUAUACAAGUGUAUUUCAUGCGAUUAUAAGACAUCUGAUAUGCGGCUCUUUAAUACCCAUUAUGAGACAUGCAAGUCGCAAAAUUUCCAGUGUAAAAAUUGUAAGAAAAUUUUCCCGAACUUUGGUACUAUGAAACAGCACAUGGUACGAGAACACAAUACCACUAUGGAUAAUACAUGCGCUGUAUGUCAUAUAAACUUUGUAAAUGAGCCAGCCUUGCGAAAGCAUAUGGAAGCAAAUCACAGCACAAAUGUUGUAGUAACAAGUACCACGACGAUUCCUGCAACACAGCAGGCGUCAGGCGAAUCAACUGGCGCCACCACACCACUAUACACAUGUAAUCAUUGUCAAUUCAAGUCCACAGAUAAGGCACUAUUCGAUGAACACUUCAGAAAGCAUUUGUCUGGUGUAAAACCAAAACCAUUCAAAUGUCGGUUAUGCGCUCAACGCUUUGAGACACGUGAUGCAGCCACACAACAUGCUAGACAACAUCAGCCGAACUACUUCAAGUGUGGCACCUGCUCAAUGUCCUUCCCCAAACGUGAACUGCUCGUUAAACAUUUCGAAGUACAUCAACAACCGCAGCCACAGCAGACGACUAACACAGCAGUAGUGCAACAUCAACAAAUAGUUACACAGUCUGCACCGGUAGUGAAACAAAUAACCACAACUAAACAGCAGCAGGCCACGUCACAAAAUCUAUUAACAACACAAAAAUUAUUGCAAGAAACUAUCGACGAGGCACUAAGUGACAAUACAGUGAACACUGUAGUAAGUAGUGGCAACACCGACGUAUGCAAUACCGCAGCCAACAACAUACGCUUCUUCUCCUGUCACAUCUGCUCACUGACAUUUAUACAAGAAAACUACUAUAAUCAACACAUGGAGGCGCACAGUCAAGACAAAGAAGGUAUUGGUAGUGCUGGUACCGGUGGUACAACAAUUACAACAUCUGCAUCAGCUAUAUCGAGUGGUAAUAAUAUGCUACAUCCGAGUGCUGCUGCAUUGCUGAAUGAUGACAACAAAGGUGACAGUGGUGAGGUUGGCGAUAUGUCGUCUCAUCAAGGUGUUAGUAGCGGUGUGGAAGCUGAUAUUGAGAGCAUUUUCGAAAAAAUGCAUUCCGACAAAAAUGAUAACGGUGGCGAUUCUGUAACAUCUGCAAAUGCUGGCGCUGCUGCAAAUACAACGUCUGCCGGUGGACAAAGCAGUAAUGACAAUUUGGUUAUUACAUCGCAACAAGGCUCUGGUGGUAUCACCUUUAAUAUUACUAUUCCACAGCCAGAUAGUGGUGCUGGCCAAGAAGCAAGCGAGAGUACUAAAUCCAUACCGACCAGCAGUGCGCCCGUAUCCGUUAGCAUAGAUAUGCCAGUUUUAGAUCAACCUGACGAAGGCAUGACCUCCACGAAUGUAGACAAAGCAGAAGGCAGUGGCAGCAAAGAGGAGCAGGAGAGUGGUGGUAGUCUUGGCGUUGAUCGAAAGAUGUCUGGUCCUGUUAGUAUGCCAAGUUUAGAUGAUGAUAACGAUACGCAAGAGCAUAUUCAACCGCAAGUAUCGCAGGAUGACAUGCCCGCAUUGGUGACAAAGAAAGGUGUUGAAACAGCCGAAGAGAGUGCGCGAGCCGAUUUAGAAAAGCCGAAAGAAGCUGAACAAACGGCUAAAGAUGGCGAGGCCGGCACACCUGCUACUGAGGAGACAAAUGCAAAUGCGCACGGCGCUGCUGAUGCCAACGGCGAGGUUCACUCUGAACAUGGCACUGCGACUGGUGAUGGAGAAGCAGAUCAUAAUCAACAACAAGUUGCAAUGGAAUUAGAUGAGGCCAUGCAGGCGCAAGUAGAAGGCGGCCAAAUAAAAUUCAUACUUAAUGAAAACGGGCAGCUACUGCAGCUGGAUAAUCACAUCAUAACCGAUGCUGAUGGUAAUCAAAUAUUGGUACAGGAUCCCGAACAAAUACAACAACUUCUACAAAGUGCCGGUCUCCUGCAAUCCGGCGAUGGUAUCGAUGGUGAGACAUUACAAAUGAUGACGGACGGUAAUGGUCAAAUGGUUUUGGUGCAAGGCGAAAACAAUGAGACGCAAUUGAUUGAUGCCUCACUGUUAAAUGCCGAUGGUCAAUUGGUAAUACAACAAGGUCAUGAUGGUGAAUUGGGUGAAGGUGCGCAUGUCAUUGGUGAAGAUGGCACCCGCAUACCGGUUUCAGUAUCAUAUACUGCCGACGGUCAACCAAUUGUGAGAGUGCAACAGCAAAUGUUAGAGGCUGGUGGUGGUGAGGAGGAUCAACAGCAUGUUGUGCUUGAAAAGGAUGCAGCAGGUCAACAGGAAGGAACAUCACAGGUGGCGGCUGAUAACACAACAGCAACAACAGGAGCGGAUGCAGCCACAAGUGGUGUAGAUGCUUCAGGCAGCGGCAAUGCAGCUGGUGGUGAGGACAAUGUAGCCGCAGCCGGUGGCAGUGGUGCAGGAAACAGUGGUAGUGGCGGUGGCGAUUUUUUCCCCUUAGAGGAUCUUAUGCAGCAGUCGGCGGAGAGUAAACCCGCGGAAUAGGAAUGGCUUUAGGGAAGCAUUAAUUGUACAAUUAUUGCGGACGAUUGGAAUUUCUAGGAUUUUAACCCAUACAACACACCUGCAUGCUAUGGUGAGUUUGUCGGAACUAAAAGUGCCGCAUUUCAAGAAGCUGGUGAAUAACUCAACAGAUGGAAUUUGGCAAAUAUGGCAAGUUAAAAACUGAAAAUAAAUAGAUUUUUAUAUUUUAAAAGAAAACAGUUUCGAAGUUAGCACAUAGAUAACUAUUAAUUAACUGUAGUUAUGAUUAAGUUGUAAAAUAAUGUGAAAAUAACAUAAAAUAAUAUUAAAACCGACACAUAGAAAUUUUAAAUCUUGAUUCAUAUAAGGUAAUUACGGGAUGAGUAUUGAGAAAUAUAUAUAAAAAAUUAAUCAAACAUUUGGGGGCGAAGUGUACACAAUUUGAGAAUGAAAACCAAUAAUCUACAGUCUAGUAAAAUCGCGUAUGAAUUAACUGGAAAUCAUGUAUUACCAUAAUUCACAAUAAUAGAGGAGGCAUUUGUCUGGGGGUUUCAUCAGGAGUAGCUCAUUCUACGUGGAUUAUAAUCUACACCAAAUUGAGAGAUUCUGGUUAAAAUUUUGCUUUUUAUUAUGUUGGUAUUUUAAAAGUUCGCUAAUUAUUUUUUUUUAUGGCAAAUAAAUUAUAAAAUUCCAGCCGCGAAGUAGAAAUAAAUAUGAGUCACAUUUAUCUCGUUUAUAAGGUUUAAAGUAAAACAUAUAAAAGAAUUUAAAAUAAACACCUUAGAAAUAGUCUAAAUAAAUUGAAAUUGAAAAAAAAGAAGAAAAUAAUUAUAAAUUAUUAAGCUAAGACAAUGUAAGGAUUAAAAAGUAAACUUAAUUCAAAUGGCAUAUAAAAUUCUUGAGAAUUAAAUAAACUUAAUUGUUAACAAAAGUGUAAAAUUAUUUGUUGGUUUUUACUUCAUAACACAAGAGUUUUAAAUGAGGAUGCCAACAGAUAAAAAAGUUGGAAAACAAGCAAAAUCCAAUAUAUAAAUUAGUCUUAAAAUAGCUGAGUGAAUUAUUAGGUUUCCGACAAUGAAAAAGGUUGCUUGGGUCCUUGCUGUGCGGCUGUUAUUCUAUUAAAAUCGAAAAUAUGUAAUAUAUCGAAGAUUUCGUAUUCUCAAUCGUAUAUUUAGUAUUCGAUCGCUUAUCUAGCAUAUACCGAAUUUCUAAAAUUUUUUUUAGUUGGAACAAGAUGAUUACUGAAAAGUUGGCAUCCUUAGGAUGAAAAAUUUUUCCCCCGCGUUGGCAGGCACCUUGUCGUGGUGCGGGGGCUUAGUCGAAUCAUUAAUCAGCUCUUCUUAGCAGACGGCAGUGUACACGUUUGAGUAUCAGUACUUGGGGGUGCACACUCUCUUCUCCUGUUUCGAGCUGUUUUUUGAACGAUGACCAAGUUCUGCCGAUCCCC